AUGAAUAUUAACAAAGAUGAAGUUGAAACAUUCCUGGAUAACAACCUGGAUUUUGCUAAGCAGUAUUUUGAGCGGAAACUGGGGGGCAAAACCUUGUGCGCCAUGGCAAACGGUGAACAAUGCUCAGAUAAUUCUAUGGGCUUUGAAGGGCUGGGGCAGGAUGAGACUGAAACCCUUUUUGAGCUGAUACAAGAUAUGCAAGACAGCAUCAACAUGGAGAAAGUUGUUUUCAAGACCCUAAGAAGGAUCAGCGCUCUCAUACAGGCAGACUGCUGCAGCCUCUUCCUGUACAGGCAGCGAAAUGGCACACCAGAGCUGGCGACACGGCUGUUCAACAUUCAUAAGGAUAGCACCAUGGAAGAAUGCCUGGUGUCCCCUGACUGUGAAAUAGUUUUCCCGUUGGACAUGGGUGUGGUGGGCCAUGUGGCCCAGAACAAGAAGACGAUGAACAUUCAAAAUGUUGAUGAGUGUCACCAUUUUAGCAGCUUUGUUGAUGAACUCACUGGCUACACUACAAGAAACAUACUUGCUACCCCAAUCAUGAACGGCAAAGAUGUGGUUGGUGUGAUCAUGGCUGUGAAUAAGAAUGGAGGUUCAUUUUUCAGCAGUGCAGAUGAAAAUCUUUUUCUGAAGUACCUGAGUUUUGCUGCUUUGAAUCUGAAAAUUUAUCAUCUGAGCUACCUUCACAGUUGUGAAACUCGAAGAGGUCAGGUUUUGCUAUGGUCAGCGAAUAAGGUAUUUGAGGAAUUGACUGACAUUGAGAGACAAUUCCACAAAGCAUUUUACACCGUAAGAGCAUAUUUGAACUGUGACAGGUAUUCUGUGGGCCUUCUGGAUAUGAGCAAACAAAAGGAGUUUUUUGACUUGUGGCCAGUUCUAAUGGGUGAAGUUCCACCUUAUUCAGGACCUCGAACCCCAGAUGGCAGAGAGAUUGCAUUUUAUAAAGUUAUUGAUUACAUCUUACAUGGAAAGGAAGACAUUAAAGUUAUCCCUAAUCCUAAACCAGAACACUGGGCACUGGCCAGCGGACUCCCGACAUACGUAGCAGAAACUGGCUUUAUUUGCAACAUUAUGAAUGCCGCUUCAGAUGAAAUGUUUAUCUUUCAGGAAGGUCCUGUUGAUGAAUCAGGUUGGGUCAUCAAAAAUGUUCUAUCCAUGCCAAUAGUCAACAAAAAAGAAGAAAUUGUCGGUGUCGCUACAUUUUACAACAGGAAAGACGGGAAACCUUUUGAUGAGCAGGAUGAAAUAUUAAUGGAGUCUCUAACACAGUUUCUUGGAUGGUCUGUACUCAAUACUGAUACUUACGAUAAGAUGAAUAAACUGGAAUAUCGAAAAGACAUUGCACAGGAUAUGGUGCUCUACCAUGUAAGAUGUGACAAGAAUGAAAUUCAAGCAAUCCUGCCUACAUGGGAAAAGUUUGGAAAAGAGGUGGCUGACUGUGAUGAGGAAGAGUUGGCAGAAAUUCUGAAAUCACAGCUUCCAGAUCCUGAAGAAUAUGAAAUCUAUCACUUCCACUUUUCUGAUUUGGAAUGGACUGAAUUAGACCUGGUGAAAUGUGGCAUUCAAAUGUACUAUGAACUUGGAGUGGUGAAAAAAUUCCAAAUUCCACAGGAGUUUGAUUCAUUCCCAGCCACAUCCUCUGGAAACUUCAGCACCAACAAGCCAAAAGCUUUCCUGGUUAUCCCACGUCAGAAUAAGGCUGCCAGGGAAGGGUAA